ACCUGCCCUGUAUCAGAACCCAUCUGCGAGUAUGUUCUCCCUGUCCAUGAUGGUGGGGCUCGUCCCAAUAGUGUCGCUCUGCGGUUUGUUCUACUCCGCCGCGGUGGACGAGAACUUCCCUCAGGGCUGCACCAGCAGCAGCAGUCUGUGUUUCUACAGCCUGCUGCUGCCGGUCACCAUCCCGGUCUACGUCUUCUUCCACCUCUGGAGCUGGAUGGGGAUCAAGCUUUUCAGACACAACUAGGCUGCUCAGAUUUUGUUCUGUUAAAGGACGAGUACAAUUAAAUCAUUUGUUGGGAAUGUACCUUG